AUGGUGAUUACUAGGUCUGUUUCCAAAAAAUCUCCUAAAUCUACGGCUGUAAUGCCUAAAAUUAAGAAUCCUUCAAGCAAACGAAAGAUUGAGUUUGCUGAGAGUAGUGGUCACAAAAGGAGAGUUGUUGUUGAAGACGACGACGACGAUUUCGAAAAUGAAUGGGAUUUUUUCAUCAGGCCUGAAGAUCAUUUUCAUUCAAAGGUUUCUCAUAAUAAGGGUGUCGAUGUCAUUUCUAAUAUUAAAAAGAAUUUAACCCCUGAAACUUUGGAGAGAUUUUCACAAACUUGUUUUGGAAAGUUUUUAAAUAUGCAAGAAUUUUUAAUUCAAGGCCAAUUGAUCCACUGUUUGCUUCUUAGAGAGGUAAAACAGCCUGUGUUUUAUGAGUUAUGGAUCAAAGUUUCUGGUCAGUUGUUAAAAUUUUCUAUUGAUGAAUUUGCUUUAAUAACUGGACUGAAAUGUGUUGGUAGUGUUGAUCUCAAGUUGUACAAAAAUGAGACUUCUGAUUUUAAAACUAACUGUUUUGGAAAUAUAAAGAAAGUUUCAAAAAAGUUUUUGGAAUAUAGUUUUCUUUCGAAGCGUUGGAGUAACGAGGAAGAGGCUUUUCAAAUGGCUGUCUUGUAUUUCAUUGAAAUAUUUUUAUAUAAUAACAAAAGUGAGUCAAAUGUUCGUGAUGCACAUUUUAACCUUGUUUGUAGUGGUGACUUUGAAAAUUUCCCAUGGGGAAAAGAUUUGUUUCAUGCUACUUUGGAGUUUUUAAAAAGUAAACUCAGUUUAUGGAAAAACUGUGAUUUUUUAAAGAAAAAAUCGAGAUCUUCUGAUACCCGACCUUCAAGCCGAUAUGACAGAUUCUCUUUGGCCUUCCAAACUUGGUUUUUCGAGUGUUGCCCUGCUCUCGAAGGUGGAAUAGCUUCUUGUUGUGGAACUGAAAUUCCUCGCAUUUUGCGUUGGAAGGUUACAACUCUUCAGAGUUGGUCUUAUUUGUGCCGAAACCUCUUUGAUCAAUCUGCUGAACAGUUAAAAUUAUGCAAUAUUACACCAACCGAUGAGGAGGGGACGUUGUUGAACUUAGAGGGGCUGUUUUUAAAAGGAAAGCGUAAAGUCGAAAUGGAGCUAGAGGAUAGUGAAGGAGUUAAUUUUAAAACCAAAAUUAAUAAAUUGGUUUUGAAUCAGUCGAAGAUGUUCAAUGAGUUUGCUGCUAUCAAGACAUUCAUAGAGACUGAAUUCUUUGAUGUCAAGAAUCAAUUGGUUGAAUUGAAAAGUCUAAUCACUGCGGCUGCUCGUCGAGAUACUGUCGAGGUGGAUGCUCGUGGUCUUGUUUCUUCUUCAGAAGAAACUGUUAGUGAACAUUCGAUGAGAGUGAAUCAAGAAAGCAUUGAUAACAAGGGUGAUGAGAAUGAGAAGAAUAAGAAAGUGGAAAGUAAUGCGAACGAUCCUACUGACAUACCGAAAAGUGAUGACGUCGGUGAUUCUAAGGAUCAUAUGAAUGACCAUACUGAUGACAGCGAUGAUAGCGGCAGUGAGGAUAAGGUUGAUCCGAAUGAGACUCGCGAUAGAGAGGAAAGUGAUGAUAGCGAAAAUAGUGAUGAUGACAUGACAGAUGAUAAGAGUGAAAGAGAUGACAGAGCAGGUGAUAUAAAAAAGGAUGAUGAGAGAAUGGAUGGCUCAAGCUAUGGGAAUGCAGUUGACGAGAGGUUCAAUUAUGCGUACAAAGAUCGUGAGGAUGGUGAAAGUUCUGAAAAGAAAGUUGAUGAGGGUAAUGAUGUAUCAAAAGAGAAUGAAAAAGUUAGACAACGUAGCAAAAAGGCUGAUUCUGUUGAUAGUCGUCCUACUUUCAAUCUUCUAGAAUCAAGUACUCAAGGGACUCCUAGUACAUUUGAUUCAGUUGAAAUAAUGGGUCUUACCAAAGCUGUUGAUCUUGCUGAAAUAGAAGCCGGUCUUAUUUCUAAUUUUGCUAAUUGA